CGUAGCCGGGGAGCCAUGGGGGUUGAUGAGUGGGUGAGUUCCUUCCAGUUCUGUAUAGUUCAUCCAACGAACGCUCUUAUGUUGGCAGUCGUUACUGGUUCUGACAGAGAGAAGAAAUCUACAACAAAUAUGUUGAUACCUCGGCUAACUUCUCAAUUAGUGAAAUCCUCACGAUUUGCAGGACAUUUUUUGACAAGAUCAGUGUCUUCUGUUCUGUGCUCUGGUCCUACAUCUGCAAAUUACAGCACACAACCUUCUAAUAACAAUGGAGCCCAGCCUCAGCGCUGGUAUGCACUGGACCCUGAACUGGAAGAAAUUUUGGUCCCAAGAAAAAUGUCCAUCAGCCCUUUAGAAAGCUGGCUGACUGUUAGGUACUCCCUCCCUAAAGUGGAAAUCAUCAAUGUUCAUGAAAAACUGGGUUAUGAACCUGCCCAACAGUAUGACUGUCCCCCACGUGAGGAGGGAGCCGAUAUGAGGGAAGAGGAAGGAAAAGUCGGCACUAACAAGGCUGAGUGUAAGAAUGUGCUGGAGAUCCGCAGGAGGAAAAUGAAUCGGCAUAAAUAUAAAAAGCUGUUAAAACGAACACGGUUUUUGAGGAGAAAGAUAAUGGACGGUCGCAGGAAGAGACGUCAGGCAAAGUUUGAAAAAGAUCUGAAGCGCAUCUGGAGGAAAGCUGGGUUGAAAAAGCCUUCUGAGGGAUGGCAGCUGCCCAAGAUCUUUGUGAGAACUAAGUGACUGGAACACGUUGAUUGUGUUUUGGCUUUGAAUUGUAAUUAAAGGAUAUUUAAAAUAAA